AGAGAGAAGUUCAGAAAGAGAGGAAAGGGAAGUGCAGUGUUUGAAACUGAAAUGUUUGGAAAUGCAAACGCGGACUUAAAAUGUCAAAUCGAGUCUUCUCCUGCCCUUCAGACGCGCCAGAUUGCUGCUUCUCCCAUCUCCGGAAAAGAGCCUUGAAAGGAUCUUGGGCGGGGAUCACUACAGUAUACUUAGAGAACCACUGCCUUACACCACGUGGAUAAGAGGACAAGAAGCUGUCUCAGAAGGCCUUUUAAAAAUCCACCUGGAGCUUCAUGGACUGCACAUGUGCUUGGUGACCUGAAUGAAUCAUUUCAAAAUGAUGUAAAACAAAUUGUCAUCAGCAACAUGAAGGUGGGUGAAACAGAGAGACAUUGGGAGAGAAGUAAAGUUAGGAAGCAAGGUUUUCUGCAGGGGAGGAUACAUAAACAGAACCACAUUUUCAAGGAGGUGGCAGCUUUAAAACGUGAAAAACUGGAAUAACCACCGUGAGGCAAGGACGAACUUGAAGGGAAGUGCAGCAACGUAAAGCAAGCUUUAAAUUCAUUAAAUCAAAAAAGACAAAUAAUCAACAAUUGGAAAUAUCAGGAAGACUACUACAGAAAGUCUUGUCUCAAGCUGGAUAUUGAAACUUGAAAACCUAAGAAAUUUAUUGAUGAGAAGCAAGAGUAAUUAUUUAAAGAGAAAACUCAAAGGCCUUUUCAUUUGAGGAAAGCAGAGAACAUGGUUACCAUUUUGCAACAACCUAAGGAAAUGGAACACAUAGCAUGGUGAAAUAGUGUACCAGAGGACAACAAUUUUGAAUCAAGGCACUUCAAAUGUUUUUUGCUCACCUCUAGUCAUUCUGUUUAUCUGUUUAGCUGAAAGAGCCAUGGACUGUUGGCAGAAAGUACAUCAGAGUGGGUGGAUUUUUCCAACUCUGGUCCUUUGUAUUUAUGGCUUCUUUACCAUGAUGAGGCCAUCUGAACCUUUCCUCACACCUUACCUCACUGGACCUGAAAAAAAUCUGACUAUUGAUGAGGUAACGCAGCAUAUUUUUCCAGUUUGGACAUACUCCUACCUGGCCCUGCUCUUCCCUGUAUUUCUGAUUACAGACUAUGCACGUUAUAAACCUAUAAUUAUUGUACAGGGGAUUAGCUUAAUUGUUACUUGGCUAUUACUUUUAUUUGCAUCUGGCAUAUCAGCCAUGCAGCUGGCAGAGUUUAUGUAUGGACUUGCAACAGCCACAGAGGUUGCCUAUUAUGCUUACAUAUAUAGUGUUGUCAGUGCUGAUUAUUAUCAAAAAGUGACAGGUUACUGCAGAAGUAUCACUCUGGUGGCAUCCACCAUGGGAUCUCUGCUUGGACAGCUUUUAGUUUCUUUAGGCCAGGUACCUUAUUUUUAUCUCAAUGUCAUAACUUUAGCUUCUGUGUCUAUGGCAUUUAUAUCUUCAUUUUUUCUGCCCAUGCCACAAAAAAGCAUGUUCUUCCAUAGAAAGUCUUCCCCAGAACACUUCAUUGGAUCAGUAGAGAAAGUUACAGCACAAAUUUCCAACCAACAAACCAAUGAACAGGACAAAGAGAUGACAAUAUCAGCAGUCAGGCCCCAGAAUUUACCUGAACAUGACUCAUCCAAAGUUAAAACCAAGAAUCAUUUUCUGUCAAUCCUAAUGCAGUUGUGUGUGGAUCUGAAGGAAUGUUAUGCCACCAAAAAACUUCUUUAUUGGUCAAUGUGGUGGACUUUAGCUACUGCAGGAUUUAACCAAAUUUUGAAUUAUGUGCAAGUACUAUGGGAUGAUAAAGCACCUUCUCAUAGUUCUGAAGUUUAUAAUGGAGCUGUUGAAGCCAUAGCUACAUUUCUGAGUUCAAUAACCUCACUAGCUGUGGCAUAUGUGAAACUGAACUGGGAUCUAACUGGAGAACUGGCACUGGGAAUCUUCUCAGCCCUAGAUGCUACUUCACUUAUUGUUAUGCAUUUUAUCAAGAACAUCUGGGUCUGUUAUGCUAGCUAUUUAGUGUUCAAAGCAUGUUAUAUGUUCCUUAUAACCAUAGCCACAUUCCAGAUUGCUAUCAACCUCAGCAUGGAACGCUAUGCCUUGAUGUUUGGCUUCAACAACUUUGUUGCACUGCUAAUUCAAACUAUACUGACUGUUAUUGUAGUUGAUUCAAAAGGUCUGGGCCUGGAUAUUGGGACUCAGUUCUUAAUAUAUGGAAGCUACUUUGCAGUGAUAGCUGGGAUUUUUCUAAGCAGAAGCAUUUACAUUAUAAUCUCAACAAAAUGUGAAAAGGAAAACCCUGCAGAAAAUCUUGAAAUGAAAGCACAAUGGCAGAAUACAGAGAUUCAUAGCACAAGGAUGUAGCACCUUAAACAAAAGUUGCCUUGAAGCCAAAUUGAACGAUCUUUUAUUUGAACAAAUCAGUUCCUCAGUGACUUUAAGUCACAUUUGCACAUAAAAUUAACUUGUAUAUUCUCAUGUGAUUUUAAAUUCCUAGGUUAUGACAUAACUAUAUUAAAAGAUCAGAAUUCUCAAGGUGCCCAACCAAUUACAUUUGAAAUAGAAGGAAAUGUUGGUUACAUGUAAUUGAUUGAUUAGUCAUUUGUAAUUGCCAUUAAAAUAGUUCUUUAUACUACCAUUUAAUUAAUGAAAAUUGAAAGUAUUUUCCCUACAUCUAGAGAUCUAUGCUGCUGCUAAUUGUUUCUGGCUUCAGUUGUAAGUUCUUGGUAUAACUUUUAUAGUCCUCCAGUUAUAGGAGAACUAUAACUCCCAUUGACAAUUUUGGCUCAAACUAUUCAGAUCUGUUAUUCAGUGAGAAUUGGAGAGCUACAGAUUUAGCUGUAGCUAAAUGGAUGAAAACUUGACUAUCUGAAAUGUUGCCUCAUUACACAACUGACUGAGGCAAGGGAUUUUAAAGAUACCUCCAGCUGUGGACAUUUUAUGGAGCAUGAAGUAUAACUCAGUGUUGUGUCCUCAACUAUGGGCUAUAUUCCCUCAUGGAUUUUUACUGGUCCCCACUCUUGUGAGGAUACAUGUCCAGUCUAGGUUUUUGAUGAAUUAAUGUUUUCAUUGUUUUAUAGUUAUUGUUUCAAAUAUAUUAAUUUCUCAUUUUAAGUUUUGCAGAGAACUUUGUUCAAUAGGGAUGUGCAGUUGCUUUGAAUGGUUCAUAGCUGAACAGAAAAAAUCAUUUUGGAGUUUUUGGUCUAUAGAAUGAAAGAAGCUAUUUUGAUCUGGAUAAAACUACAACACGAUUGCCCUAAAAAUGAAGUGUUCAGAGAAGAAUAAGGGAAAGUCCAAGAUAGGGGAUGGAAAGGGUUGCUUGAUAUUUGCAUCUGUGUCAAUAGUGCUCUUGAUGGAAGGCAACAGCAAAAGUUGAAAGGGAAAAUGCCAGCUCCUCACAUGGCAGGGAAGGUCAGCACAAUGCCAGUGCCAUACACAACCCAUUCUCACCUCUUUUUCAGCAGGCAGACACCAAGAAGCACUGAGGAGAGGGAAGGCAAUAAAAAUCAGAAGCGCACAGCUAGGGUAUUUGCUGCACUAGGAAUUGCAGCAAUAUCCUUGUUAGGAAUAGGCAUGUGGACAAUGGCUGAGGAAAGCAAGGAAGAAUGCUAUGUUGGGAACUUCAGAGAUAACACUGCAGAACUUCUAGAGCAGGGUGUCGAACUGCCGGCUGGUUGCAUAAUGCCCUGGCAAUGCAAAAAAAGUUGCGAUAUGUCACAUCACAUGGCACGGCGAGUUUGAUACCCGUGUUCUAAAGUGUGAUGGCAUGUUUGGAGUUCAAAACAGAACAGAUUUUGUUCCAUGUUCAGUCCUACCAUUAGCUUAAGCCUUAAAACUUUUAAAUAAAGAUGGUAAUAAAAAAGUCAUUUCAGUGGAAUAGAUUGCCUCUUUGUGCAUGUGUGAUUUAAAGUCAGGAUUAUUUUGUAUGCAUGUACUAUGCUCAGAAAAAAUGGAAAUGUAUUUAUUUGUAUCCCGCCUUUAUUAUUUUUGCUCAGUUAAGUGUUUUACAAUAGCAUUGUAAUUCUGUUAAAUUCUUAGUGGCUGGAUAAGUGCACUGUGCUUAUGGGUCACCCUUGAGAAUAAUCUGAACAUGUGGCUGGCCCUGGAUCAAGCAGCUUGUAUGGCGAGCAGUGCCUCUCAGGGCCCACAGAACCCUCAUGGUGAAACUGACAAAAACUAAUGUUUAUAUACAUUGUGUUACUGAGCCUUUUCAACCUAUUAGAUGCUAGGAAAAAUAAUUAGAAUGAAGGUUUAUGUAGGGAUUCACUUUUGGGCUCCUUUGUGCUUCAUCUUUAGCAUCACCCUGAAGGUUUGCUAUUGAUCAAACUGAUAUUCUCAAGAGCUGUCAUUAUUUUCAGACCAUCCAUUUCUUGUUCCCAUUAUUCUUUUCAUAUUCUUCUCUAGUAAUAAAUAGGCUACUUUACGCCUAACCUCUUUAAUAGAUUACACAGCCAUUCACUGGCUAUGUAGUUUUCUUAUAUAUUUUUUAAAAGCACCAAACUGUAGAAUAUUUUCUAUGAAUUGCAGGAUAUGUGUGCAUAGAAAAAACUAAAGAUACCCUCACAGAAACAAUUUUACUAUUGGUUAUUUCUGAGCCUACUUCAAGAUGCUUCUAAAUGUAUAUAAAGCCUUACAGAGCUUAGGACAAAGUUUACAGGAUAUCUUACUUAGUCUAAUUACCUGAUCAGUCUCAGAUCAUUGAGCAUUUUUUGUUACUCCGUCCAUGGAUAUAGUAAAUUCAUCCAUAGUAAAUUCUGCUUUUAUAAUUUCCUUGUUCUGGAAUAAACUGCCACCAGAAAUGAAACUAUUCCCUCUCAUUUAAACUGGUAGGGGGAGGCAGCUCAAAACAUGCUUGUUUAUACAUGGUUUUUCAUUAUUUUGUUUCAAAUAUUUUAAAUAGUUUAGAUUUUUAAUAAUGUUGUAAAGUUUGUUUAUUAUUAUGUAGUUUUAAUGUGUAUUUGCUAAUUACCUUGGCACAAAAUAUUCAAAAUAAAUUAAAAUAAAAUAAAAUAAAAUAAUGGCAUUAUUUUAUUAUAAACAUCAGGAAGAAGAAUCUUUGAAGUGCUGGGAAAAAGUCACCCAUUAUAAAAGAUGGUGCGAAAAUUAAAGUUUAUAGAUUAUUGUACUUUUUUGUCGUACUGGGACAUGAUGCAAUCUACAGUAUUAAGAAAUAGUAAAUAUUAUAUAAUGAAUUUUCUACUUGUAAUUUGCUUUCUCAAUAGACAUCAGUAUUUUUUAAUUUUAUGAUAAUAAAAACAUUUAAAACACGG